UCGGCGCUCGUUUCCGCCGGGCUGGAGCGCGCGGAGCCCCGCUGGUCUGCGGCCGCAGGGGACGAGGGGCGGUGACCCCGGCGCACGCCCCGCGCCCCAGUCUCCCGGCCCGCGCCCCGGCCGCCAGCAUGGUGUUGCUGGCCGGGCCCGGGCCGGAGGGCGGCGGGGCGCGCCGCGUGUCCCCGCAGACGCCGUCCCCACCCCGGGACGCUCAGGCCGGGGAGGACCCUGCCGACUACGAGGAGUACGAGGACUUCUCGUGUCUGCCCGACACCCGCAGCAUCGCCUCGGAUGACUCCUUCUACCCUGUCGGAGGCGAGGAGGAAUACGGCACCGCGAAUGCGGAGAGCGUCCCAGAGGGCGUCCCGGAGGAGGCGACCCUCCUGCGCGCCGCCUGCGCCAACGACGUGGGGCUGCUGAGGGCGCUGGUGCGGCGGGGGCCGAGCGCCGAGGAGGUGCAGGAGACCGACCGCAACGGCCGGACUGGCCUUAUUGUCGCCUGCUACCAUGGCUUUGUGGAUACUGUGGUGGUCUUAGCCGAGUGCCCCCACGUUGAUGUCAACUGGCAGGACAGCGAGGGGAACACGGCCCUAAUCACAGCCGCGCAGGCAGGGCACGCCACCGUCACCAGCUACUUGCUGAACUAUUUUCCUGGCCUCGAUCUUGAGAGGAGGAACGCGUUCGGGUUCACGGCCCUGAUGAAAGCCGCCAUGCAGGGCCGGACGGAGUGCGUCCGAGCCCUGAUGCUAGCAGGGGCAGACGUCCAUGCCAGGGACCCCCGCCGUGGGAUGUCGUCCCAGGAGUGGGCCGCUUACACGGGCCGGUUGGAGGCCGUCCGCCUCAUCCAGAGGCUGCUGGAGCGACCCUGCCCGGAGCAGUUUGGGGAAAAGUACAGACCGGAGCUGCCACUGCCCCCGGAGGCCACUCUGAAGCCCACGGGCUCCAAAAACUGCUUUCAGAGGCUCACAGAGCUUGUGAGGUCCGUUCUGACCUCCCGCUCACGCCAGGGCCUGGAGGAUGGGGGCGUCCUGGACCACAUGGUCAGGAUGACCACGAGCCUGUACAGCCCCGCCGUGGCCAUCGUCUGCCAGACUGUGUGCCCCGAGAGCCCCCCCUGUGUGGGGAAAAGGCGGCUGGCGGUGCGGGAGAUCCUCGAGGCUCGCGGGAGCCGGGCCGCGCACGCCCGGGAGAGUGACAAGAUAGAGGGCUCUGAGCAGCCGUUCCGGACCUCGCAGGCUGCGGGGGUCUGCAGAGAGGCGGCCCCGCAGGCCAGCCUCGCGGCCGCGCAGCUGCCAGGUGCCCCGCGGAGGGCCAGCCUCCUGCCCCUGCAGCUGCUGAGAAGGAGCAGCGUGCGGCCCGGCCUGGUCAUCCCCCGCGUGCGCAUCAGCAAGGCGCCCGCGCCCACCUUCCAGCCCGAGCGCGCCUCCGCCAAGGGCAGCACCAAGGACAGCGCCCACCUGCAGCUCCCCAAGUGGCGCUACAAGGAGGCCAAGGAGGAAAAGCGGAAGGCGGAGGAGGCGGAGAAGCAGCGGGCGGCGGCGGCGCAGAAGGAGAAGCGGGCGCCCUCCUGGAGGAAAAGGACGUGAGGGCUGAAGCCUGUGAGGUGGGGGAGGAGGCAGUGGGGCUCCGUGCUCGGAGAAGGAUGCGGACAUGCCGCCCUCCUGCCCUCACCCCUCCCGAAGCGCGGCUCCUCCCUGCAUGUCCCCAGCCGGGGGCCCAAACGCGCUCUGCGUUUGUUCAGGCUGCACCGUUGAGUGAUCCGGGCAGGGCACCAGUCGAUUAGCCUAAAACCAGUUCCCCUAGAGAUGAGUACACCCGGCCGGCAACUCUGCCCCAGAGCCUACCUUUUGAACCUCACUUGAGAAAUUUAGAAGAAUUUUGUAUUUUUAAUUAUGAUCAAGUUUGCAGCAUUUUACUGCUGAUGGGCUGUUUAUAUUUAAGACGGUUUUAAUACAUUUGCCCGAAGACCCUUUGUUUAGCAUAUUGUUUCUGGCAAUAAUUAUUUGUGAUAUCUCUG